AUGACAUUCGAAAUUUCUCUUAAAGAAGAGGCCCAAUCAAGUGAUUGUUUUCGUCGACUGCCCCUCGAAAUUCGCUUCGAAAUUGCCUACCUUCUCCCAACAGCCGACUACCUUAACUCAAGGCUGGCAUCUAAAGCUAUGGUCCACAUUUACUAUGAUCAGGGAUAUUGGAAAACACGCUUCUUGAUUCAUCGGGAGCGAGGAUAUCUCAACUACCUCCUGGAGGGAGGUCGUCAAGACUGGAGAGUGAUGUACCACUGCACCAAGAAAAUGAAGUAUCUAACCAUGCCUCUACGUAUUCGGAGAUUACACUGGCUUCAUAAUGAGUGGAUCAAAGAUAGAUGUAUGAUGUUUGGAGGCCCAAUAACCACAUUGCCUGAAAGCAACCCCCGAAUUGAUGGCUUACUUUGGGACAAAGUCGCUGGACAAGUUCAAUGCGACAGACUUCACAAAUAUGGCCCGUACCCAAUUGCCCCGAUUCCUGUUGGCCUCUGCAAACGGUGUCGUGGAGUGCAUCAUCUAUCACCGACUCAGACAAUCAUCAUUCCCACCGAGACCGUGGAAAUCGCUGUGUCCGUUCUUGCCGAAGAUGAACACACAUUUAUCACCGGGUUCAAGCUUGUUUACCGUGAUAUUUCACCAAGCGUUUAUUUCGGCUAUCAGAUCCCUCAUAAGCAAAUCAAGGUAGAUCUUCGAGGUCAACCAUUGGCAGGCUUUGAAGUAUUUGCUGGGGAAGGGGGCAUCCAGGCCAUACGUCCGAUAUUUGAUGAUGAACAUGGAAAAUGCCACAGUAUCAUUGGAUGGUGGGGCUUGGAGUAG